AUGUCAUCGUCCGUUUGGGGCAGAAAAAUAUGCAAAACUCGCUGGAAUAGCAUUAAGGAUAACUAUCGAAAAUCUAUUAAAAAAACAACAAGUGGUCAAGCAUUUAGAGAAAUUAAAAAAUAUAAAUAUGAUGAUCAGCUUCAGUUUUUAAAGCCUCAUUUACAAGAGAGGGAUACUUUAGGAAAUUUAAAAGAUGUGAAUAACGAUGAUUUAGAGAAUUCUAGUAAUGACAGUGAGAACGAUGUGGAAAAUGUUAGCACAGUUCAAAAUAUUGAGAUUAAUAUUAGUGGCAAUACAGAUGGUGAAGAUCAAUUACCAAAAACUCCAGAAUAUCAAUCUGCAGUUCGCAAAUGUACAAAAAAACGUACAACCAAAACUCCGGAAUCGGCUUUGAGUACUUUAAUGAAGUAUAUAAUGCAAAAAAGAGAAAAUGAUAUAGCUAAUACUACACAAACCCAUUCUGUUGAUGCUUUAUUAGCCUGCCUUUCACCCACACUCAAAUCAUUUACGCCAUACUAUUUAAACAUAGUGAAAUCAAAAAUUUUUUCUAUAGUUCAAGAAUAUGAAAUUCAAAUGAUUGUAGACCAAGAAAAGAAAAAAACAACUUUUAUGACACCAUAUCCCACACAAUUGCUACCACCUCAGCAACAGUUUAGUCGAGAGUUUAAUCAAAACUUUCCAUCAAGUUCUGCACAACAUCUUAACCACAAUACGUAUCCUAGUACUCAAUUACAGAAAGAGAUGCCAUCACCAAGUGUAUCAAAUUAUUCUUCUUCACCACCUUCUCCACAAGUCAGUCACGUUGCUUCAAUUAGUAAUACGAAAAAUAUUAUAGAAACACCACAUGAUAUUAGCUCACCAACUACAUCUGAUUAUUCAUCCACACCAUCUCCACAGUUCGUUCAUCAAUUUGUUGAGUACAUAUUUGAAUCAGAUACUGAUGUUACAGUUUUUGAUGACGAACCUAUUGGCUUUGACAACUUAAAUAGUUCUAUUAAAGAAAACAUGAUUUAUGAAACACAUAUUGCAAAACCCAUACAACAGCUCCCACAAAUUAACACAAGGACAGAGUCUCAAACUCAGAUUUCUCCAUUACAAUCUACACAAAAAACAAGUCCAUUAUUGAAAACUACUAAGCCCAGUUGGGUUAAAAAAAUGAUGGAUGCUAAGGAAAAACAAUUUGAGUUUCUAAAAACUCAUGGGGAAAAUAUGGAAAAAAGGAGUAGAUUUGGCACAGUUAAUAAUAAAAGCGAUUGUUUUAUUGAAAGAUGCAGGUCUACAAGUAAUGGCACUUACCUGUGA